AUGGUUAUGAUCACAUGUCCGUGUGGCCGACUUCGUAAAGAGAAGCGUUGUAAUGCUGCUCGAGUCUCGGGCAAAAGUCAAGCAGCACAAAGCGAGACUCCGCCGACGGUAGCGCCGCUGAAAUGCGAUGAUGAGUGUGCGCGUCUUGAACGGAAUCGGUCUCUCGCAUCCGCAUUGAAGAUUGAUAUUGAUUCUUCCACAACUUUGAAUCAGAAUCAUUCGGCGCCAAUCUCUACUAAUACUACUACCCUACCUUACUCCGACGAAACGCUUGAUUUAUACGUCCAGGUCUCGUCAUCCUCGACUCUUUCCACACUUCAAGACUACGAGGCGACAUUGUAUAGUCUGGCAACUAGCGCCACGCAACGCUCUGUUCGGUUCCAGCCUGCCAAAGCCCCCCUCCGUGCAUUCGUGCAUUCUCUUGCCUCGGACUGGGGCUUUGCGUCCGAGAGCUUCGAUCCCGAACCCCACCGUCAUGUUUUCGUGCUGAAGCCUACGCAAUGGGCUUCCCCCGGAUUCGGUUCAGGCUCGGGGGUUGGCAUCCGAGGAGUGGCCGUUGGUGAAUGCGUACGCAUUCGUGAUCGUGAACUCUUUAAGGAGCGGGAAGCGAAACGCCUUGCAGCCGCAGAGGCGAAGGCUCUGAGGGAAGCCUUGAAGGCAACAUCUGCGGAAGGUGCUGACGGUGGCGGAGGAUGGGCACAGGUGGCUUCUUCGCGCAGAAAGCAGUUGCAGCCGGGUUCCGACGGCAAUUCUGCCCAUUUGACACGCGUGAACACGCCGAUGGCUCAGCUUACCGCUCGGGGUGCUGGCACUGGGUCUAUGUACGCUGCCUUGGGUCUCGAUGUGGCGCCCUCUUUCAUUAACGCCGGUAGUGCAUCCAAAAAGAAAGACGGCCUUCUUGUCCUCCGCUCAGGCGUCGGUUCUUCUAGAAAGAAGAAAGCCGAGCAGCAGGAGCAAGAAAUUCAGGAUCUUGCCGAUACUUGGGAGGAACAAGUUGAGCGCGAAGAGCACGCCGAGCAGCGAGAGAAAGAAGAAGAAACACGGCGGUCUAGCGAAGAAUUAGAAUCUGAUCGAGAGAUACCAGCACAGGCUCAAGAUGUCACUGUUCAUAGUUCAGAGUGA